AUGCCUGAGACAUCAACAAAUCGUUGUUGUAUUCCGGUCAUUCUUUUCGGACUAUGUCUUGCCAUUGUCGCUAUCUUUGCCGCUGCAAUUAUUUAUCAUCUAGAUAGUGCUAGUCCUAUUUCGACGUCGAAUGCAACGAACUGCAUUGAUUGUUAUCCAAUAGCCAUAAAACGACAACUACCUGACUUUGUUAAUACGAACAUAGAUCCAUGUGAAUAUUUCUAUGAAUUUGUUUGUGACAAAUUGACACCGAAGAAACAUGUGGAUGUAAUCAAUGACGUAGAUGAUAAUGAACAUAAAUGGACUAGUGUAAGACAUGAACUUCAUGCAAAACUUAUGAGCAAAUUGGAUAAUCAAUCUCUAACAACGCAGGAUAAUCGUAUAACAUCCGUUUAUCAUUUAUAUCAAUUAUGUGAAACACAAUCUCCAGAAAUAUUACUCAAUGAACUUGAAAAUUACUUUACUAACUUAAGUGAGAAAGAACCAUAUAAAUCAUAUUUAACUGUUUUCAAUCAAACAAAUUCAACCAAUCUAACUUCGUCGGUAUCAAUCUUUCAUUUUCCAAAUCCAUUCUUCACCGUGCUUUCCUCAGCACCCAAUACCUCGACCAUUGUCCGUACAAAUCAUCGUCAAUUACCGUCGAUCCUUUCACUCUUCUCCAAUAUGACGAGUAUCAACCAAACAGCAUUCAAAUAUUUAACACAAUUCGACGAUGACUAUCGAACAUUUCUAUCCGAAGAAAAUAAUCUGAUCAAUUCCUAUGAACAAGAGUAUCAUCAAGACUCGCUAAUUACUCGACGAAUCCUAACAUUUUCAAAUUAUCACCAAUGUCUACCAUCCUUAGUUUCUAAUUCUACCAACGGUCGUGAAAAUCUAAUCAAACUCUUAAAUCAUUUCCUUCAAACGCGUUUACAUAAUUUUAAACCUGAAUCUAUCGAUAAACAAAUUCGAGUCAUAGACAAAAUUACCGACAAUCAUACACUAGUCGAACAUCUUCAAAGUCUUACAGAUGACUUGAAAACGAUCGAAAAUAUUACUCGUACAAACUACGGCGAGCAGUCCUGUACCAUUCAUCUUCUCGAUCAAUUGUUAGAUCGAAGAAUCAAAUCUUCUGAGUUAGCAUCAAUGAUUAAUCUCGAUCUUUUCAGUCAAACAACAGAUAGUUUUCUCUCCAAUGAUUGGCCAUUUCUAUUUAUGUUAUACGAACGUUUAUUAAAAACAGCAUCAAUUGACACAUUAGCUAACUUUGCCUUUUUUGAUCAAUACAGAAAACUGAUCUAUCCGUAUUACCAACCGUAUAUUCAGAAUAACGAUAAUCUUCGUCUUAAUCCAGAUAAUUCAUCGAGUAGUUAUACAUAUGCAACAAAUUAUCCCAAUUUAUCAUGUCGCAUCCAGAGUUGUUUUGACAUUUUGAAUUGUUAUCAUCCGUCGCUUUUGAAUCAAGUAGUCAAUGAUCACAAUCAGACUAUUGUCAAUACAACGAAAGUCUUGAUUGACAACAUUAUCGAUCGUUUUCGAUUGUUAACUGAACAAUCGGAUAAUUUAUAUAUCAAUGAAAAGAAUCUCAUUCGAAAUCAAUUAAACCAAAUUGUAAUCCGUAUUGGUCAUUAUUCGAUCCCGAAUGAUUAUUUUCUAUCUAACAUAUCUUCAUCAUAUCUGGAGUAUGUUCAAUAUCUAUCAUCUAUAUCCCCCGAUGAACAUCAACGUUCAUACUAUAUCGAACCAAGUUAUUAUCCAUCGAAUCAUACCUUAUAUCUGCCUUUUGCUUUUCUUUAUCAAUCGAACAUUUCAAUUGAAUACCAUGUCAGUAAACUUCUUUUGAAAAUUCUUCGCUUAGCUACUGAAACAAAUCCCUACCACAUUGACUGUUCAUUGAAAUCUUAUGAUGAUGAACCAGAUGCGAACAAUACGAAGAAACAUCUCUCAGAUGAUGAGUCUAUUGUUUAUUUACUCUUACGAUCGAAUUUUCUCACGGAAAAGAACAUCUUUCUCGAUGAAUACCUAUGGCCGUUUAUGAGUGCUAGUUCGUAUAUGAAACGCUUUCUGAUUGACUAUGCAGCGUCGAGUUAUUGUCGUGUUUUGCACGGAAAGGAUUUGUAUCGGAAUAAUACGUAUCUUAUUGAUGAUAUUCAUCUGAUCUUUCGUUGUCAACAAGCAAAUUGGAUCAAACAGUCGAAAUGUAGUGUCGUUUGA